AUGCAUUACCUUCGCCAUGCAGUAUCAGACAUAAAACACCUGGGGGCACUGGAUAGCCUUUCAACAGAAACUAUGGAAACCCUCCACCAAUUUGUCAAAGCUGCAUAUCCACUAACAAAUCGGAGACAGUUUAAGUCUCAGAUUAUCCGCAUACUCAAGCAUGUUGAAUCUGUGCAGUUGUUUUCUCAAUACAUUCAGUAUACCAUACCCCUGAAUCCCUCUGGCAUUCAAGAUCAGCAUGCUAGUGAUGGUGACAGGGAUGGCAAUGCAGAUGACAGCAGUGGUGAACACAAUAGUGCUGUUGCCAGUGGUAGGGAUGGGGAUAUUGAUAUUGGUACAAAUGGUAGGGACAACACCUUGACCACUGAUUCACUGGGAGGUGUUAUCUAUAGGUACUCCACCUAUCGAUACCUUGAUGAUAUCCACAGCAUUGGCGAAAUCAUUCAUCUAAUGCCUGGAGUUGAUGUCAUUUCACCAUUUGUCUGGUUUUUUGUUCACAGAAAGCAUGGAACAUCACACAGAACCCAGCGUCAAGUUCAUCAGCAGCAUGAAGUACCAGAGUACUUGGAAUGGCUUUACACUUGGUUUUCUUUCAAACUUGGGGCCCCUGCCCCUAACAAACACUAUGAGCAGGAGAUACAAACUCUUCAUUGCAAUCCUGGAUUCAAAGGAAAACCUGUGAUUUUUGACCCUGUUGUUGUUGAAAUAGAACCUCAGCAAAGUGGCUUGAAACGCUAUCGUGUUGCCCAGAUCUGCUUUCUAUUUUCCCCAUUUUCCAAAUAUCUGGAGCAAUAUGAAACAUUUCACCCAUCCACUAUCUCUCUCCCUAACAAAGGUAAUAAGUGUGCCAUUGAUGACAUUUAUGCCUUUGUCUUGUGGUUUGAACCUAUUUCAUCUCCCCUUCCACACUCAAAGCUUAGGACUGUGCAGAAGAUGUGGGUUGUCAGCAAGCCACAGGGAUUGUUCAUCUUGUGGACAUUAAGUUCACUUGUGAACUAG